AUGGUUUCCACUGAAGAAAUACAAAGAGUAGUUCGUGCUGGGAUAAAGCUACUGUUGAUGGUAGUGUUUUUGGGCACUCUGAUGAUAUGGAUUAUGAUGCCCACCAACGUUUACUUCCUAAAGUGGCUGCCUUACUUACGUGCAAAGUAUAAUAUUUCUAAGUUCUUUGGAGGACAAGGUGCAACACUUUUGAUUUUCACUUUUCCAAUACUCUUCAUUGCUGUCUUCGCCUGCAUAUACCACCAUCUUGGAAAGAAACUGAAUGACUAUAAACGGGAAAGCCAUGGGAGAAAAAAUAUUUUAGCUUUGUGGAGAAGGCCAAGGCUCGUAAAAGGUCCUCUAGGGAUUGUUUCCGGCAUAGAGUUAGUCUUCUUCAUCAUGUUCAUCCUCCUACUAAUUUGGUCUCUCUCAAAUUACCUGCACAAUGGCUUUGCUCAUAUUCCCCCACCACCAGCGGCUGCGAAAGGAGCGAAAUUAUGGAAAGCUAAGUUGGGCAUUUCAGCAUUCAGACUAGGUUUUGUUGGAAACGUGUGUCUUGCUUUUCUCUUCUUUCCGGUGGCCAGGGGGUCGUCGGUGUUGCCACUUUUUGGCUUAACAUCGGAGGCUAGCAUCAAGUAUCAUAUAUGGCUUGGCCACAUCGUCAUGGCAUUCUUCACAGCUCAUGGCCUUUGUUACAUCGUCUUCUGGGCCGUUACUAAUAAUAUUUCAGAGAUGCUAAAAUGGGAUAAAAUUGGCGUAUCAAACGUCGCCGGAGAGAUAUCUUUGGCAUCCGGCUUGGUGUUGUGGGCAACAACUAUCCCUCGCAUACGCCGCAAAUUCUUUGAAGUCUUCUUUUAUACUCAUCAUCUCUACAUACUCUUCAUGGUGUUUUUCAUAUUUCAUGUUGGUAUCUCUUUUGCCUUCAUGGUGCUUCCUGGAUUCUAUCUCUUCCUCGUCGAUCGCUACCUUAGAUUCUUACAAUCAAGACAAACUGUUCGUUUAGUUUCUGCCCGAAUCUUGCCAUGCGAAACCGUGGAACUCAACUUCUCCAAAGCACCAGGGUUGAGUUAUAAUACGACGAGCAUUAUGUUUGUAAACGUGCCAACCAUUUCGAAGCUGCAGUGGCAUCCUUAUACUAUUACUUCUAAUAGUAAUUUGGAACCAGAGAAACUCAGUGUAGUUAUUAAAAGUGAAGGAAGUUGGUCGAAGAAACUUUAUCAGUUGCUUUCUUGUUCUUCAAUGGAUCGUCUCGAGGUUUCUGUUGAGGGACCUUAUGGACCUUCUGAUUCAUCUCAUUUUCUAAGGCAUGACACACUUGUGAUGGUGAGUGGAGGCAGUGGCAUCACUCCUUUUAUCUCCAUUAUUCGAGAGCUCAUCUUUGCGAGUUCAACAAUCAAAUGCAAGACCCCAGAAGUAAUCCUGAUUAGCUCUUUCAAGAACUCUUCUGACCUCGCCAUGUUAGAGCUUUUACUGCCAGUUGCAGGAACAACAACUGACUUUUCCGAUUUAAAUCUACGAAUUGAGGCUUAUGUAACAAAGGAGACACAACCCAUGACAGAAGACUCAAAGCGCAUUCGAGCCACCUGGUUCAAGCCUAAAGCAACUGAUGCACCCAUAACUUCAAUUUUAGGCCCCAACAGCUGGCUAUGGCUUGGUGCAAUAAUCUCAUCAUCAUUUAUCAUUUUCCUCAUCUUAAUUGGGAUCAUUGACACCUAUUACAUUUAUCCUAUUGAUCACAACACCAAUAAGAUUUUCUCCUACUCUCUCAGAGCAUUCUUGAAUAUGUUGAUUAUAUGUAUCAGCAUUGUUGCGACAGCUAGUGUAGCUGUGAUUUGGAACAAGAAACAAAAUACAGUGGAAGCAAAGCAAAUACAGAAUAUGAAAGGAGCAACUCUAGAUGGUGAUACAGAACUAGAAAGCCUGCCACAUCAGUCUCUUCUCCAAGCUACCAAUGUGCACUACGGGGAAAGACCUGACCUAAAGAGAAUGCUAUUUGACUGCAAAGGAUCAAGUGUUGGAGUUCUGGUUUGCGGACCAAAGAAGAUGAGGCAUAAAGUUGCAGCAAUUUGUUCAUCUGGUCUGGCCGAUAAUUUGCAUUUUGAGUAUAUUAGCUUCACCUGGUGAUUUGUUAUCAUCAUCGGCCAAGGAUUGUAGCAUCAAUUUAUCUACUAACAUAGGCAAACAUGAACGUGUACUAAUAUAAUAGAACUUGUUAUAUGAGUUAUUUUCUAUUUUAUUGAAUCUCCCAUCCAUUUAAUUGAUUAAUUAUGAGUGAGUCUAUUGGGCUCAUAAUUUGAAUGGAAAUUGCACAACAUUCCAUUCAAUGGACAUUCUCCUAUAGAAGAUAAUCAUUCAUAAACACCAGCGUUCUUUCCAUCCUAACGGAUCAGUAUUAAAUUUAUCAACAGAUACAUGAUAAAAGGUAAA